GGCUCUAAGGAAGAGGCCUGCUGGUACUCCCGCCUGCUGAAGAUGACGUAGAUGAUGGACUACUCAAAAUUUCAAAGUCCUGGCAGGAAAGGUGGCUUGUGAGGCACCUUACCUUUCGGUUCACUCUUCUCCCGAGCCCCAGGCGGCUCGCCUCGGCUUUUCCGUACAGCAACAUGGCGCCUCCCUGUGCCGCGUGAGUGUCUCGGAGCCGCCUGACCCCGCGCUCCCGCGGCCGGCACCCGACCCCGCUGCAGACCCCGCGCCAGCCUUCCCACACAAAAGCACCCUAAACAAGGUCCAGCUCGGAGCUACCGAUUGCCGAGCCGCGGCGUGACGUACAGGUCGGUCCGUACAGGAGCCAGGCGCCGCCCCACUCUGGGCAGGCUCAUCCCGCCUCCCACGGCCCCAGCGCCGAGGAGCGGUCGCCGUGGCCGCUGCACACCGGAGCGCGGCCGGGAGGACGGCACGGCGAGCCAGGCGGCCCGGGAGGGCUCGAGGCCCAGCUCCCGCCCGCCGCGGCGCCCGCCCCGCGGGAUCCGCUGCCGCCGCAGUGACGCUGGCCUUGAGGUUGUUCCUUCCUCCACCUCCCAAGUGUUAGGAUUGCAAGAGUGUGUGAGCAGGUCCAGCUUUCCGGUGACAUCUCCUGUAAGCUCAGCCACAGAAGGCAAGAUUAUGUUUCAGGAAAGCGAAUAGACUUAACUGAGGAUGUCUGAAAACCUUGACAAGUCCCAUUUAAGUGAAGCAGGAGAGUCAAAGCCGGAUGCCUCUGAGCAAGGCCUGGAAGGAGCUCUGGAGUGCUCUGAUGAAGCCUUACAGAAAAGAAUAAAGGCAGAUUCACCCAGUCCCCAGAGAGUGGGAAGACCUCACUCUAGUCCUUCUCGGCUUGUCACUGUAGAGGAACUUCUAGAAACAGCAAAAGGAGUCACCAACAUGGCUCUGGCCCACGAAAUUGUAGUAAAUGGAGACUUCCGGAUCAACGCUGUUGAGUUAGCAGAAGGCAGCUUGGAGAAGAGAGUAAAGGAGAUUGUGCAUAAAGCCUUCUGGGAUUGUUUGAGUGUCCAGCUAAGUGAAGAUCCCCCAACAUAUGACCAUGCCAUCAAACUUGUCGGAGAGAUCAAGGAGACUCUGUUAUCAUUCUUGCUGCCUGGUCACACUAGACUAAGAAACCAAAUAACAGAAGUGCUGGAUCUGGAGCUGAUAAAACAGGAAGCAGAGAAUGGGGCCCUAGACAUUUCCAAGCUGGCAGAAUUCAUUAUUGGCAUGAUGGGGACGUUGUGUGCACCUGUUCGAGAUGAGGAAGUUAAAAAGCUAAAGGACAUUAAGGAAAUAGUGCCUCUCUUCAGCUACAGGACUCCAUCUGGUGCAGACCGGUGCAGGCCGGUGCGGUCCGGUGCAGGCCCUGGGCAUGCAGCGGCCUCAGUCUCCGAGAGUUUACGUGUGCGUGAACACAGGAUCAUCAACUGCACGAUCAGGUGUUUGAAAAAUUGUACAAUUGGAGAGAAGAAACAGGGCUUGGAUAUAGCUCAGUGGAUAAAGACCUUGCCCCAAAAGUUUGAAGACCUGAGUUUAAUCCUCAGCCUCCAAGUAGAAAACAUGGCACAGUGGCAGGCUUCGGUGAUCUGA